UAGACUUUUGGAGGCUGUAGGGUGACUUUAAAACUCUUCGGUCUUCACGUUCCCCUCACUUUAGCUUGAAGUUUGAAUUGAGAGGAGAGGAAGAGAAGAUUGAGAGAGAGAAAAUGGAGAAUGGAAGAGGCGAAGCAGAAGAAGGAUACGAUCGAGCCAAAGAGGUUAAGCAAUUCGACGAUUCCAAGAUCGGAGUAAAGGGACUCAUCGACUCCGGCAUCACCUCCAUCCCUCGUUUCUUCGUCCACCCACCUCACUCUCUCCCCGCCACCGCCACCACAAAUCCUCCUCCUCCUCCUGGAUCUAAUCUCAUCCCCAACAUCGAUCUCUCCGGCUUUGAUUCAGACCGUAGAUCCAUCAUCGUCGACCAAAUCCGAGACGCCGCCAGUUCUCUGGGCUUCUUCCAGGUCACAAACCAUGGCAUCCCUUCCCAGGUUCUCGACCGUACGGUCGCCGCCAUCAAAGCUUUCAACGAGCAGCCGACGGAGAUCAAAGCGAUCCACUACAGCCGCGAGAUGGGACGCAGUGUAUCAUUUUUUUCCAACUUCGAUAUCUACAGAUCGAAGGCUGCCACUUGGAGGGAUACGAUAACUCUAAGGUGGGGCCCGAAUCUUGAAAUAGGUGAAAUCCCGGAGAUCUGUCGGAGUGAGUUUGUGGAGUGGGACAGGCAGGUGCAACGGUUGGGAGAGACGUUGAUGGAGCUCUUAUCGGAAGGGUUGGGAGUGGAGAGGGGGAAGUUGAAGGCGUUGACGUGUAAUGAAGGGAAGACUAUGGUGGCCCACUACUAUCCAUUCUGUCCCCAACCAGAUCUGACGCUUGGGAUCGAUUCUCACACGGAUCCAGCAGCGCUGACAGUGUUGCUACAAGACCAGAUCGGAGGGUUGCAGGUGAAGAAAGGGGAACAUUGGGUGGAUGUCCAGCCGGUACGUGAUGCUCUUGUCAUCAACAUCGGAGAUCUCCUCCAGAUUAUUUCAAACGAUGGAUACAGUAGUGUGGAGCACCGAGUGUUGGCCAAUCAUCUUCACCAGCCACGUAUCUCAAUUGCUACUUUCUUCAAUCCAAGCAAGAGAGAGGACUUCCAUGGACCCCUUCCAGAGCUGAUAUCACUAGAUAAACCACCCCUUUACCGGUCAUUUACAUUGGCAGAAUUCUUUACAAGGUUUUUCACAAAGGAGUUGGGCAGCAAAUCUCAAAUAAGCUACUUUCAACUGUGACAGAUAACCUAACAUGUAUCAUUCAAGUGAAUAGAGGCAAGGUCUGAUGGUAAUAUUGGUACUAUAAAUGUUUAUACGUAUGUGAGAUGCUACUGAACCACCUCAAAUGGCAUUUCUCUGUGUUGAAACUGAGUUAUUUUGUAAAUAAAUAAUAAAUGUGUCAAUUAAUAUGAUCUAGAAA